AUGGAGCAGCCUGACGUUGACGACGAGGACGAGUAUGAGUACGAGUACGAUGAGAAUGACACAGAGACCUUUUUCGUGGAUAUUGACCUCUCGUCUCUCAAUCCGGGAGCGAGACCAAAUGAUGGCGCCAUCAGCAUGCCCAGAACGGUGACACCCGCAAAAAGAAAGAUCGAUGGCUCUUCUACAAACACGUUCAACCCAGACGAACCCAGUCAAGAUACUGCGGGUGAUCCAACAGGGGAAGCCCGUGUCACGCCGAUGCAGGUACCGCAAGAUACGCCCGCCCACAUUGCAGCAAGCGACCAGGAUCGAUUGCAGCCCUUUCAGUCACGUGUGCAGAUUCUCGACCUGGACUCUGUCAAUCCCAUUGUCUCCUACCAGGGUGAAGUGUACAGUUGCAACUGGAGUGACCUCGUGGGCACAAAUAUGUUCUUCACGUACCCAGAGACGAUUGAUGCCGCUGAAGCUUUACGAUCGACGGAUGACUACAGCCUGAUUGGCAUAUCGCGAAUCAAACUUGUUGGCCAUCGAGCCAAAAUAAUCAAGAGACCGACUGAAGCUAGAGAGGCAGGCGGUGACAUGGAGAAUCGACAGCCGCGAGACGGCAGUAACGCCUUGAAUAGUCAGAGCACCGAGGACGGAAUCAGAGAGAAGCAAGCUUCAUUCUUGGAGAAGCUUAGAGAAAUCACACAGCGACAGAGAGAAGCAGAUGGCGCUCAGCCACCCAUAAGUCAAGAGAAGCAUUCGGCCAACCAGGAGAAAUCGCACGAGCCCGAUGAUGUUCAGGUCUUCGAUAGGGAUGCAGACGCUCUCGUGAGAGUGCAAGAAUCCUAUUCUCAAUCUGAUGCAGACGGCCCACAGUCGAGGGAGACUUUUCACAGAGCCGAUAAGCCUCAUGCUGAGGCUAAUGAGACUAUGUGA